UCGCGAGUCGGAGGUGCUGCGCUGUUCUCGCGAGACGAGGCCAGGAGGCGGUUCCGCGGCUCGGCACGUGUGUCAGGGUAGCGCGCGGCUGUCUCUCCUCGGGUCUCGGCCCUUUGGGCGCAGCGGGGUGCGCGCCAUGGCGAAGGCCAAGAAGGUCGGGGGGCGAAGGAAGGCUUCCGGGGCGCCGGCGGGAGCGCGAGGGGGCCCGGCGAAGGCCAACUCCAAUCCGUUCGAGGUGAAAGUUAACAGGCAGAAGUUCCAGAUCCUGGGCCGGAAGACGCGCCACGACGUGGGGCUGCCCGGGGUGUCUCGCGCACGGGCCCUCAGGAAGCGUACACAGACUUUACUAAAGGAGUACAAAGAAAGGGAUAAGUCCAAUGUAUUCAGAGAUAAACGCUUCGGAGAAUACAACAGCAACAUGAGCCCCGAGGAGAAGAUGAUGAAGCGGUUUGCUCUGGAACAGCAGCGACAUCAUGAGAAAAAAAGCAUCUACAAUCUAAACGAAGAUGAAGAAUUGACUCAUUAUGGCCAGUCUUUGGCAGACAUCGAGAAGCAUAAUGACAUUGUGGACAGUGACAGUGAUGCUGAGGAUCGAGGAGCAUUGUCUGCUGAGCUGACUGCUGCCCACUUUGGAGGAGGUGGUGGGCUCCUUCACAAGAAGACUCAACAGGAAGGAGAGGAGCAGGAGAAACCCAAGUCCCGGAAAGAGCUGAUUGAAGAGCUCAUUGCCAAGUCAAAACAAGAGAAGAGGGAGAGACAGGCUCAACGAGAAGAUGCCCUUGAGCUCACAGAGAAGCUAGACCAAGACUGGAAAGAAAUUCAGACUCUCUUGUCCCACAAAACCCCCAAGUCAGAGAACAGAGAUAAAAAGGAGAAGCCCAAGCCCGAUGCAUAUGACAUGAUGGUUCGCGAGCUUGGCUUUGAAAUGAAGGCGCAGCCCUCUAACAGGAUGAAGACGGAGGCAGAAUUGGCAAAGGAAGAACAGGAGCGCCUCAGGAAGCUGGAGGCUGAGAGACUUCGAAGAAUGCUUGGAAAGGAUGAGGAUGAAAAUGUUAAGAAACCAAAACAUAUGUCAGCAGAUGAUCUGAAUGAUGGCUUCGUGCUAGAUAAAGAUGACAGGCGUUUGCUUUCCUACAGAGAUGGAAAGAUGAAUGUCGAGGAAGAUGUCCAGGAAGAGCAAAGCAAGGAAGCCAGUGACCCUGAGAGCAACGAGGAAGAAGGUGACAGUUCAGGCGGUGAGGACACGGAGGAGAGCAACAGCCCAGAUAGUCACUCGGACCUGGAAUCCAACGUGGAGAGCGAGGAAGAAAACGAGAAGCCAGCAAAAGAGCAGCGGCAGACUCCUGGGAAAGGGUUGAUGAGCGGCAAGGAAAGAGCUGGAAAAGCUACCAGAGACGAGCUGCCCUACACAUUCGCAGCCCCUGAGUCCUAUGAGGAGCUGAGAUCUCUAUUGUUAGGAAGAUCGAUGGAAGAGCAGCUUUUGGUGGUGGAGAGAAUUCAGAAGUGCAACCACCCGAGUCUCGCAGAAGGAAACAAAGCAAAAUUAGAAAAACUGUUUGGCUUUCUUUUGGAAUACGUUGGCGAUUUGGCUACAGAUGACCCACCAGACCUCAGAGUAAUUGAUAAGUUGGUUGUGCACUUAUAUCAUCUUUGCCAGAUGUUUCCUGAAUCUGCAAGUGACGCUAUCAAAUUUGUUCUCCGAGAUGCGAUGCAUGAGAUGGAAGAAAUGAUUGAGACCAAAGGCCGGGCGGCAUUGCCAGGGUUGGACGUGCUCAUUUAUUUGAAAAUCACUGGGCUGCUGUUUCCAACUUCCGACUUCUGGCACCCAGUGGUGACCCCUGCCCUCGUGUGCCUGAGUCAGCUGCUCACCAAGUGCCCCAUCCUGUCCCUCCAGGACGUGGUGAAGGGCCUGUUCGUGUGCUGCCUGUUCCUGGAGUAUGUGGCUUUGUCCCAGAGGUUUAUACCUGAGCUUAUUAAUUUUCUUCUUGGGAUUCUUUACAUAGCAACUCCAAACAAAGCAAGCCAAGGUUCCACUCUGGUGCACCCUUUCAGAGCGCUUGGGAAGAACUCGGAACUGCUCGUGGUGUCUGCUAGAGAGGAUGUGGCCACGUGGCAGCAGAGCAGCCUCUCCCUCCGCUGGGCGAGCAGACUGAGGGCCCCGACUUCGACGGAGGCCAAUCACAUCCGACUGUCCUGCCUGGCCGUGGGCCUGGCCCUGCUGAAGCGCUGUGUGCUCAUGUACGGCUCCCUGCCAUCCUUCCACGCCAUCACGGGGCCUCUCCGAGCCCUCCUCACGGAUCACCUGGCGGACUGCAGCCACCCGCAGGAGCUCCAGGAGCUGUGUCAGAGCACACUGACCGAAAUGGAAAGCCAGAAGCAGCUCUGCCGGCCGCUGACCUGUGAGAAGAGCAAGCCCGUCCCACUGAAGCUUUUCACGCCCCGGCUGGUCAAAGUCCUCGAGUUUGGAAGAAAACAAGGCAGUAGUAAGGAGGAACAGGAAAGGAAGAGGCUGAUCCACAAACACAAGCGUGAAUUUAAAGGGGCCGUUCGAGAAAUCCGCAAGGACAAUCAGUUCCUGGCGAGGAUGCAACUCUCAGAAAUCAUGGAACGGGAUGCGGAAAGAAAGCGGAAAGUAAAGCAGCUUUUUAACAGCCUGGCCACACAGGAAGGCGAAUGGAAGGCUCUGAAGAGGAAGAAGUUCAAAAAAUAAAUUACACUUUAUAAAUUAGGCAAGGAAAUACUGGACAUUACCUCACAUCUGCAAUUCCAACCCUCUGGGAGGCCAAGGCAGGGAGAUUGCUUCAGCCCAGGAGUUCAAGACCAGCCUGGGCAACACAGGAAGACCCUGUCUCUACCAAAAAAAUAUAAAAAUUAGCCAAGUGUGGUGGCACACACCUGUAGUCCCAACUACUCGGGAGGCUGAAGCAGGAGGACUGCUUGAGCUGAGUCGAAGGUUACAGUGAGCCAUGAUUGAGCCACUGCACUCCAGCCUCGGCCACAGUGCGACACCGUGUCACUUACUUAAAAAAAUUUUUUUUUGAGACGGAGUUUUGCUCUUGUUGCUCGGGCUGGAGUGCAAUGGCGCAACCUCCACCUCCUGGGUUCAAGCGAUUUUCCUGCCUCAGCCUCCCGAGUAGCUGGGAUUACAGGCAUGUGCCACCAUGCCCAGCUAAUUUUGUAUUUUUAGUAGAGACGGGGUUUCUCCAUGUUGGUCAGGUUGGUCUCGAACUCCCGACCUCAGGUAAUCCACCUGCCUUGGCCUCCCAAAGUGCUGGGAUUAUAGGUGUGAGCCACAGCACCCAGCCAAAAAAGUAAUUUUUUUUUUUAAUCUGUAAUGUUGGUGUGAUUCCAACCUCCAGCUCCCCGCCCCCCCCCCCCACCCCCACCCUGCCUUCGGUUUUGUUCCUGUUAAAACAUCUCCUGAUGAAAUAGAAUGAAUCCUGAAAUGCUGCUCUGGGAUCGGGAAUGGUCUGCGUGAUGUCAGCUGCAACUGGUUCACUGCAUCUGGACAGGUCUCAUGGUGACUGGGGAUUCUGGCCAGUGUAAUUUCUGUCAACCACAGAUGUUUGCCUUCAUGUGUAGAAUUUAGACUGCUGUUAUGCAAAUUAUAUUUUCAAUUAUAAAUGAAACAAGUUUGCGGAUAGCUUAGAAAUCGGAGAAGGGAAACCAUCCACAGUCCCUCUGCUGGAACAGCCACAGUUGGCCUUGUCCUACUUACGUCCUUCAGCGGAUGCUUCUGGGUGCUGGGGUCCUCCAUUCAGGACACUGCACUGUGGGAGGUUGGAGGAGCCUGGGUUGCGUCUGUGCCGACCUGGGAUGCAGUUUCAGGUCAGAAUCAGAAGAUGUGCAAGUUACACAUGAGACAGCUUUUUAAAGUGCUUUUCGCCUGUACUAAUCAAGAGGGAGGUCAGCCCUCAGGUGUGCUGGACCCGGGAACUUCACAAGCUGGCCAGGGAGCCAUAUCCUGAACGCCACUGCCGCUUCCUCAUGGUGCAAGGCUUGUUGGGACCUGCUACCUUGCUGAGGGCAGUGCUGAAGUAGGUUUCCCUGUACCAAUGCAGUAUGCAGUCUUGCAGGCCGAGGCAUUCCCCAGGUGACAACGGAGCCCCUGCCGGGCUACAAGCCAGGGCAAACACGGAGCUUGUGUCCUUAGCCGGCAUCCCAGGAAAGAAGCCCAGGGUCAAGUUCACACCUCAUGAGACCACACUGACCAGCCUGGCCCAGGCUGCCCUAGUACAUGCAUGAAGCAUCGCUGAGGUCACACGUCUAGCCACGGUGAUCACGGUGAGAUGUGAGGAUUAACCAGACUAGGACUGGGGAGUUGAGGAAGGUGACAAGGACCCGGUUCCGGCUUCUAAUGGGGUGUGGGGUCUUUGAGCAAGGAAGAAGUUGCUGGGGAGAAUGAGUCUGGCUUUGUUCUUGUUGGGAGGUGUUCAAGCCAUGGCUGGACCAGAGCAUGAGCCCUCCUCAGUGUGAGAGGCAGUUACUGCCGCGGUUGGGCUGCCUGAUAGGCCUGGAGCUCAGAAUGAGUCAGUCUCCCUCUGGAAAGCGCAAGAUAGAGACAGCGCUGGUGGCAGCCAGGCUGAAGCCAGCAGCUUGAAGAUAAGGCUCAGGCCCUGACGGGGGAAUCUUACCCAGCCUCCCCAGAUGGCCCAGAGACAGGUCUGGCAGGUGCACGGAUCCACAAAUCUAGAAGGGUCUGGGGUUGUCACAUCCACCAACUAGGCUGGCUGUCUAUAUACACUUUGUCACUGUGUAGGCCCAGGAUGCUGUUAACAUCAACAGCUGCAGGAUUUCACCCAUCUACAAAUUUUCUCUGCCACACGGCUACUGCCACUUUAAUUCACCAAGCCAAGCCCUUGCACUCAGGACCCUGCCCCAACCCUCUUUGGCCAAGCAAAGAGGAAAAGAGAACAGGACAGAAAAAAAAGUGGGACCGGACCAGGCACCUGGCUCUCCGUUGAAGCCUUGCUAUCCAAUCCAGGACAGAAGGUGCCGGCAGCAAGCUGUGUGUCAUGUCAUUGAAGAGGGUGGGUGAUACAGCUGGAAGGGUGGAUAAAAGUGUAACUGCCCAAUGCGUUCACCUUCCCUGUUACCUAGACAGCCAAUUUAUCAAGAAAGGGCAUUUGCAACGGAGAAAAAGUAAUUCACGCAGAGCUAGCUGUGUGGGAGACUGGAGUUUUAUUAUUACUCAGUCUCCCUGAGCAUUUGGGGUUUGGAGUUUUUAAAGAUAAGCGGGUGGGCGGGGGGCAGCCAGUGAGUCAGAAGUACCGAUUGGUCGGUCAGAGAUGAAAUCUCUCGCACUGAGCCAGUUCCUGGGCGCCACAAGAUCAGAUGAGCCUGGGUGGUGCCAGCUGACCCAUCAAGUACUGAUCUGCGGCUUUACAAUAGUGAUGUUAUCGCCAGGAGCAGUUUGGGGAGGGUCAGAACCCUGUAGCCUCUAGCCGCAUGACUCCUCAACCAUAGUUUCUAAUCUUGUGGCUAAUCUAGUCCCCAGGAAAGGUUUCUUUUGGGAAAGGGCUGUUACCAUCUUUGUUUUAAACUAAGUUCCUCCCAAAGUUCAACCUACGCCCAGGAAUAAACAAGGAGAGCAUGGAGGUUAGAAGCAAGAUGGAGUUGGUUGUCUCACUGGUCAAAUUUUGCAAUGGCAGUUUCAUAGGGAUGCCUGUCCUCUGGGGAAAAAGCUAGUAACAGGUUGUCUUUUUGGCUGCAGGUGGAAAACUGCAUCUAUUAGGCAGAGGUGGGGCUUUGUUCUUACCCACAAUUGGAAGUUCUCUAUGGUGUAAAGGCAGUGUGUGUGCCACCUGAUUGCUUUCUGUCAGGCCUCUGAGCCCAAGCCAAGCCAUUGCAUCCCCUGUGACUUGCACGUAUACAUCCAGAUGGCCUGAAGGAACUGAAGAUCCACAAAGUGAAAAUAGCCUUAACUGAUGACAUUCAACCAUUGUUAUUUGUUUCUGCCCCACCCUAACUGAUCAAUGUACUUUGUAAUCUCCCCCACCCUUAAGAAGUUUCUUUGUAAUUCUCCCCACCCUUGAGAAUGUACUUUGUGAGAUCCACCCCUGCUGGCAAAACAUUGCUCUUAACUUCACCAACUAUCCCAAAACCUAUAAGAGCUAAUAAUAAUCCACUACGCUUCACUGACUCUGUUUUCCGACUCGGCCCGCCUGCACCCAGGUGAAAUAAACAGCCAUGUUGCUCACACAAA